AUGGCAGGACGGGCGCGGCAUGUGCUUGCCAGGUUCCGCAAGCAGUACCAGGAGCUGUUCUCAGACCUUGCGCCUCUGGGCGCCAUCUCGGCCGGCAACUCGGUGACGCUCUACUCGUCGGGAUCGGCCACCUUUGAGGCCAUGUGGCGGGCCAUGCGCGGAGCGAGAAGACGACUCUGGCUCGGGACGUACACGCUGGAACCGGAUGCCAUCGGAUCGGAGACACUGAGUGCUCUGGCAGAGGCAAAGGCCUCGGGCGUCGACGAUGUCAUCCUUAUGUACGACGCCAUCGGCUCGCUGAGGCUCUCCCAGAGCCAUGUCCAGCAUCUGAUUGAUGCUGGCGUGAGAGUAGUCCCCUUCAACCCGGUGUGGUCGUGGCAGUGGCCGUGGAUGUGGCAGGCCACGCUCCGCGACCCGCUCAUCCGCAACCACCGCAAGCUGCUCAUUGUUGACUCGGACGUGGCCUUUGCCGGCGGCAUGAACGUCGCCGCAGAGUACGCCGGGCCUUCGGUCGGUGGCAAUGCCUUCUUCCGCGAUGUCCACGUCCAGCUCCGCGGGCCGGCCGUCGACCACCUCGCCACUGUCUUCAAGGACUCGCUCUCCGAGGCCGAGCUGUAUGCAGCGACGUCGCGCGGGCGGCUGACGCCGGCCAGCGACGAGGCGCAGCGCGCAGAUUCCGAUGCUGCGGCCGAUGCCGGACGCAAGAAGACCCGCCCGCUGGUGGCCCCAGGUACUGGUGGUGGCGCGCUGGCCCUCCCACCGUCGCAUGGCUACGGCGAGGCCCACGUCUCGACAGUCAACGUUGACUCGUCCGUCUCGGCGCAGACCAAGGCGCGGCUGGCGCGGUUUGCCAAGCACGUCCCGGCGCUGCGCAACAUGUACAACCGGCUGGCAAUGUACUCGCUGACACUGGCGGAGAAUCCGGUACAUAUCACCAACGCGCCGCAAGAGACGCCGGCGCCCGGUGACGUCGUUGUCCAGGUCUUGUACUCGAACGCGCGCCGCGGCAAGUACGCCAUCCAGCGGGCGAUGGCGCUCUCGCUGCUCAAGGCCAAGUCGCGAUGCUACAUGACGACGCCGUACUUUAUCCCGCCGCGGUGGCUGACCAAGCAGCUCAUCCGUGCCGCCCGCCGUGGCGUUGACGUCCGCAUCCUCACCGCAGGUAAGACCGACGUCCCACUCUACCGCAUGGCCGCCAUCCACGUCUACGACAUCUUCCUCCGCAACGGCAUCCGCAUCUACGAGCUCGGCGACAAGGCACUCCACGCCAAGACCAUGACCAUUGACUCGAUGUACGCCUCGGUCGGCUCGUUCAACCUCGACCUCCUCUCCUCGCACCGCAACCUCGAGGUGGUGGUCUCGUUCCUCGAUCCUCGAAUGGCCUCGGCGCUCGAGUCGCAGACUCUCGCCGACAUGUCGAGCGCUGUCGAGAUCACCCGCGCCGACACCUCGGCCCGCUCGCGGACCAUGGCCUUUGCGCAGGCUUUCGUCUACCGCGUCCUCAACUUUUUGUUCUCGUGGAAGGGCUGA